ACUGAGAUCCCUCAUGCCUUGGUGCAGCCAAAAACAAAAAAACAAACAAAAAAACCCAACACUGCUUUAUUGAUUUUGUUGCUCAGCGUUCCUGCUUUGGCCACGAGGAGCUCUUUGAUUUGCCUUUGUGUCCCAUUUUCACAGUCCCAUUGACUUUGGUUCCUGCCUGACACCUCAGGGUGGUCCAGGCUCAUCGUUGAGUUUCUGGCCCCGUCUUAGAAGCAGCUGUUCAUCCCCGAGCCAGGGACCAUUUUAGGUAGGAAACAGCGGCAGAGGCCACCUGGAACAGAAUCCUGCUUGUGCUUCCUAGGAUGUUCCGUACCAGCGGGUGCCUGGGAGGACCUGGAGGGCAGGAGGGGCUUCCAGAGCUGGCUCAGGGGGGCAUCUGCCUCGUUUGCAUCAUUUUACAGGAAAGCAUAUUGAUUCAUUGGGUGAUUUUAAAGCAAGGGAUACCUCCAAGCAUACCGGUGCCCAGUGGCAUCUCCGUGACACCAGUCCUUCAUCCUUUUUUCCUCCUGGUCCCCUCCGUGUGGUUGGCUGAGCUUUGAGUGCGCCUGCACUAGGAGGUUAAAGGACUGAGUCUCCCGCCAUCCUGAGCAGGCCUGGAAUGGGUAAUGGUGUGAAGGAAGGCGUGGUGCGUUUGCGUGAGGAUGCUGAGCCCAUCCUGCCCGCUCAUGUGUCUUCAAAGAGUGAUCACAGGCAAGUUCUUAGCUCCCUCCUGUCAGGGGCCCUGGCUGGCGCUCUUGCCAAAACGGCGGUAGCUCCCCUGGACCGAACCAAAAUAAUCUUCCAAGUGUCCUCGAAAAGAUUUUCUGCCAAGGCACCAGGGCCAAGGCCACCCAUCUGCACCCUGAGCUCUGCCUGGACACAGCCCACCCUGGGAAUUGAUGGGAGACCCCCCCCCCGCAUCCUUGGGGUAGUGGAGGCCUUCCGGGUCCUCUACUUCACCUACCUCAACGAAGGCUUCCUCAGCCUGUGGCGCGGAAACUCGGCCACCAUGGUGCGCGUGGUGCCCUACGCCGCCAUCCAGUUCAGCGCGCACGAGGAGUACAAGCGCCUACUGGGCAGCUACUACGGCUUCCGCGGAGAAGCCCUGCCCCCUUGGCCCCGCCUCCUCGCUGGUGCACUGGCUGGAACGACGGCCGCUUCGCUGACCUACCCCCUGGACCUGGUCAGGGCACGGAUGGCCGUGACCCCAAAGGAAAUGUAUAGCAACAUCUUUCACGUCUUCAUCCGUAUCUCCCGAGAAGAGGGGCUGAAGACCCUCUACCACGGAUUCAUUCCCACCGUGCUGGGGGUCAUUCCCUACGCCGGCCUGAGCUUCUUCACCUACGAGACACUCAAGAGCCUGCACAGAGAGUACAGUGGCCGCCUGCAGCCCUACCCCUUUGAGCGCAUGAUCUUCGGGGCCUGCGCGGGCCUCAUCGGGCAGUCGGCCUCCUACCCGCUGGACGUGGUGCGGCGGCGCAUGCAGACGGCCGGUGUCACGGGCCACCAGCGCACCUCCAUCGCGCGCACGAUGCACACCAUCAUGCGGGAGGAGGGCGUGGUGCGCGGCCUCUACAAAGGCCUGAGCAUGAACUGGCUCAAGGGUCCCAUCGCUGUGGGCAUCAGCUUCACCACCUUUGACCUCAUGCAGAUCCUGCUGCGGCACCUGCAGAGCUAGGGGCCAGUGGGGUCGGCUGCUCUCGAGCUUCAGUUCGCGGUGGACCGCUGACCCCUUCUGUUUCUGAGCCCAGCGAGCAAGGGUGCGCUGGGUUCCACCCAGGAGGUGCGCGGAUGCGCCUUGUGGAACAAGCUGGGGGGCCUGGGCUCAGUGCGCACAGGUCUGAGGGGAAAGCCAGUGGCCCUCGAAGUGCAUUGUUGGGACCGGGGGGCCGGAGCUCCCGUGCUCCCCUUUUCCCGCCUCAGCAGGGCCAGGGCUGCCCCGGGAGGUAUUACCGUGAACGCCCUGAGUGAUGAGGGGCCAGCACUGCUUCCUGGUGCGCUCUGUGUCCUUGGACAGGCCCCUGGUUCUAGUGACCUGGUCCCCCCUGGGCUCAGAGCCAGACCCCGCCUGCCCCUUGUUGUUCCGAGUCUAUGUCCGUAGUGGGGGCAGCCCCAGAGAGUGUGGGGCUGAGGCCUGGCCUCCUGCCCUGUCCCCAUGAGACCAGCCUCCUGCUCAGCUGUGGCUACAAAUGCAGCCUCUCGCCCCGCCCUGCCUGGCCCGCCUUUCCUGCCUUCACCACUUCCCCCGUAACACAACUCCUUGUCUGUCCCCGUCUACAGCUUGGGCACAGCCUUCUCCGAAGAGUGUUACCCCGAUCCCAGACUCUAUCCCGGGCCCCUGGGAUUGGGUCUUCCCCUCUGUUGCGCCCCCCCACGCCCCAGUUUGUAAUGUUCUCCGGAGGGUCACGCCUCCUCCGGGCAACAGGGUUUGAGGAAUUGCCUUGGAUUUUGGGUCUGAGCCCCAGCCUGAAGCAUCUGCCUGGGUUGCCAGGAAGCUCUCAUCCCCGCCCCACUGGCUGCACUAAUGGAGGCUGGGCCUCAGGCCUUGACCCUCUGCCCAUAGGCAUGGGGGCUCGUGGGGAGGACCCAUGGCAUCUGGCACAUCCCUGGCUCCCCACCUGAGCAGUUAUUUGGCUGGGACAUGGGGCAAUUUAAGGCCCGUGGGGUUGUCUGAUUUCCCGUGAACGGAGUACGUGGAGGCAGCUGGCCGUCUUGAUUCUCCCAAAGUGAGAGCCCGAGACAGCAUCUGGCCUGGGGGCAGGAAGCUUGGAAGAGUCAGGGUACCCCAGAGAUCUGGUCUCACAGAGGAGGCCCCCCAGGGCCCACCGGGAAUCACAGGGACUUGGAAACACCUGUUUCCUAAUGACAUUUGGAGUUUGUUUUUUUUUGGUUUGGUUUUGCAAUUUGGCUGGCCCUGGGUCUAGACACAGUAAACCCUGACCAGUCCAAUCUGGUUCCAGGACCAGGACCACCAGAGGGUCGGUUUUCACAGUGGGCUCAGUAGCCAUGAUGUGUGAAAGGGUCUGAGAGGGUAUCUUUGUUGCCACACAUGCAUUUCCAGUUGUGACUUUCAUUUCCUCCCUUUGUUCUGUCCUGUUUCUGUUUUUCUUGCCUUAGUCCCGUGGGUGUGAAGACCCCUCUUUCUGUCCUUCCUGCAUGUUUCCACCAGCCAGCCCCAGUCUUGUCCCCAGACUCUCAUUCCUGGGGGCCCAAGCAGCCUGUGAUGGCUGUCCUGUUGGGUAAGCAUCCGACCCACCUUCUCCCCCAGCCUUGCCCAGUGCUCAGGAGAGGCAGGGGCGUCCCUCACAGGGAGACAGGAUGGGAACGUGAGGGCCCCCAGGCGAGAACAGCAGGGACUGGCGGUCCACCCCAGGUGGGUGAGACCAAAUAGGUGGUUAGGCAGCACCCUCCUCUGAGCUGCAGGCUGGGCAGGAGCGGGGAGGGUCCCCCAGGUUUGCUGGCCCCAGUUCGCCUCCCCAAGGUGGCUCCCAGCCAAGCGAGCCUCGGCAGCAUCGCCCCGACCCCCCCCCCAGCCCUGCACACAGUCGGACCUGCACCCUCGGCAGUCACCCCUCUCACUGAUUGCCUGGCCUGAUUUGGAGUUACAUUUUGACGCCAUGAAGACACUUUGUUUAUAUAUAUUGUUUAUAUAUUUUAAAGAUUUGUGACAAGAGAGUAUAUUUAAUAAAAAUUAAAAUGACUUUUUCUCCU